AUGGUUUGUUUCUGUUUCUUGGUUGAUCAGAAGAGAAAGGUUAAACGGAGCAAACCGGCGGCAGGAACUUGCUCACGGUGCGGCCAUGGUGCGAGCAUCGCCGAUAUGAAAACUUCGACGCGAUUUUGUUUUGUUCCUAUUUACUGGAAAUCUUGGAGAGCUGUUGUUUGCAGUUUCUGUGGCUCUGUUCUUAAAUCUUACCGUUGA